AUGGAAGACUCACCGGUUAAUGCGGCACAUGCUUUCGCAAAUGCAGCAGAAGAAUUAAAAGAAAAGGAACAGUGGGGACAAGCGAUGCAGGCUCAUUUCCGUGCCGCUGAGCAAUUUGCCUUGGCGAUAAAUUAUACGUCUGAACCAGAGGCGAUUCGAUCGUUAAAAAUUCAAUACACAGAUCAAACUCGGCAAGGGAAGGAAGUACAGCGUCGAUUAGCAAAACAAGCACCACCACAAGAAAAAUUAAGUCCAUCAUCAUCAAAUCGUACUAGGAGGCCAUCUUCAUCCACUAGUUCAAAGUCCAAUGUUAAUAAUCCACAGGUGAAAAAUAACUCUGAACAACGGAUACAACAAAAUCAAUCUAGACAAAAUUCAACGCUAUCUACUCAGCCAGCUGCUAACUCGGGUGCUCGUCAGAUAAACUCCAGUUCAGAUGAUAGGUUAUCAUCCGAUUUUUUAAAAACUAAUGCUCCUUUAAAAUUUUCAAACGAUUCAACUAGUUCAAAACUUAAUCCAGUAUUGUCUGACUCCGUUACAUCUACAGGAAUUUCAAGAACUAGUACAAUGUCAUCGAUGACACCAAGUAUGAUGGAAGGUUCUUCAAGUUCGGAAAAGAUAGAAGAAUCAUAUAUGAUGUUAAAAGGAAAUAAUGAAUCAACAGAUGACGACGAAGCGGAUCCAUUUAACAAAUUCUGGGAUAUUGUUGAAGGGUUGGUUCAAAAAAUUUCUAAUCCUGUUGCCUUCGCUACAGUACCUCUUAAUGGUGCUUAUUCUCGAGCAUCACUUGAUCAGAAUACCAUACAACCUUCUUUACCAAUUCGAUAUAAUACCGUAAACGAAAAUAUUGAUAAUAUAGUGGAUGAUUCUAAAGUUGAAGAAUUAAGCGCAGCAAUGAUGGAAUCAUUUUAUAUUAUACCCAAGGACCAGAGGCCUAAUUCACGAACCGGAAAGCCUCCACAAACUUCAUCAUCAUCAUCCCCAUCGACUCCUAUUCCAUCUGAAAGUAAAGACUCAACAAAGACUUUAGAGGAGUAUUCUAUUGAGAAUAAGCAACUCAAGACUAUAAUAGAUAAGCUUUCAAAGAGAAUGUUAAGUUACGAAAAGGCUGCGGAAGAGAAUAAUAUGUUGAAAAGUAGUAUUUUACAAUUUAAAAAUGACGUUCAGAAACAGGCAAAGCGAAUAAAAGUAAAGCAAACAUCUCCUGAAAGUUCUACUGUUGGUAAUGCUCAUCUUCAAAAACGUAUAAAAGAGUUGGAAGAAGAAAAUCGGGUAUUGAAAUCUGAAAGAGAUAAACAGAAUGAACUUAUUGUAAAAUAUAAAGAUCGAUGGGAAAAAUUAAAAGAAUCUGCUAAGAAGAAACGAGUCAACAAGCAAGUUGAAGCAUCACAAAUGGAUAGUUCUUCCCAUCAAAAUUGA